CCGAAGGAGGCGGAGCUGCAAGACAUGAUCAACGAGGUCGAUGUGGGCGCGAACGCCGAACGGCACGAUCAACCCCGAGUUCCUCACAAUGAAGGAGCGCAAGAUGCGUGACACGGACAGCGAGGAGGAGAUCAGGGGGGUGCUCAAGGUCUUCGACAAGGACGGCGGUGGCUACGUCUCUGCUGCGGGGCUCGGGCGCAUUAUGACUCACCGCGGUGAGUGCCCUCGUCUGCGUGGACAGGUGGCGGUGCUGAUUGUGCGGGUGGUGCGCAGGCGAGUAACUGUCGGGCAACGAGGUCGACGAGAUGAUCCACGACGUGGAUGUCGAUGGGGACGGUCAAAGUGCGUCUUUGCCGUUCGAUGCCCAUUGCUUCUCUAACAUCCAUGCCAUCCUCCUGGUACCCACAGAGGUCGUAUCGUUACCCACUGCAAUACCGUGCUCUACAGCGCGUUGCUGGGGACACUAGUGAGGAAGCCCGACAUCGGGCCGGAAGAGACACCAAAGACUCGGAUCCGUGCAUAAUGCCUCUGCGAGCGCUAUAGUACUCGAAUCCCCUUCGCAGCCUUAAGAACUACACGACCACUGAAUGUAUCAAGCCUGAUCAUUUGUCGGAACCUUAAACAUACCAAAUUGGGACAUGUUGCUUCAUGAAUUGGCUCGUCGUGUAGAGAGUAGUAGUAGCAAUUGACAUUGCAAAGAACAAAUGUGAAUCCUUUCAAGUGUA